AUGUCCCCCACAGUCGACCAACGUGACGAAACGCUAAACAACGCGGGUGCUCAGAGCCUGCCAAACGGUUCAAGGGAAAAGACCCGUCCGGUAACCAUACGACAGCUGUUGGACGCCAAACGAGACCACAGUGAAGCACCCUUCAAGAUCGACGAUCACGAGAUCAAUCGCAUCUCGCUCGUCGCCCAUGCCGUGGACGUCCAUCGAUACGAGUCGACAGUCGUGUACACGCUCGAGGAUGGCACGAGCCUCGGGCGCAUCGAUGCCAGACACUACCCGACAGGCAGCAGCUUCGAAGAGCUCUCGGAUUCGGACCAGGGCACAUCGCAGCUGUAUGUGCAUGUCCUCGGCACGCUCGACCUCAAGGUGAAGCUGGGGAGCAGGAACGUCAUCCGCGUCCUGCAUAUGUACAGGGUGACCGAUCCGAACCAGCUGUUCUUCCAUAUCCUCGAGGCCGCGUUUGUCACUCUGAGCCUCGAGCGUGGGCCACCGCCUGCCGCGGCAUUGAAAAGCGCGGCGCCGCGUAUCCCCACGGAGCCAGCAUCUCCUGUCAUUCGCCGCACUGCACCGAGCGUAAGUCCACUGCCGAGGACCCCAGUCAAGGCUUCAGUACCGGCCCCUGGGCCAUCCCGACGCGUCCUUACAGCUCGAACUGCGGAGCCCGGGCCUGCGACUCCCAGCACGACCCGUCCGAGCGCCCCUUCGACCCCAACUAGUUGGACUCCAACACCACUUGCCUCUGCGAGGCGGGCUACUCCUGCAAGACAGGCCCGUCCGCCGAGUCCCCCGCCCACGCCCCCUCCAAGGUCGCCGUCGCCCGAGCCGCCCAGCUCUCCUCCGCCAGCGUCACCACAAGAACGUGUACAGAAACCCUCCAAGUCGAAGCGUCGGCAGCCUGGGAUCAAGCAGGAUCCCUACGCGGACCUAACCGUCCUGCAGCGGUCGAUCAUCCUCCAGCUCAUGAAGGCAACGCACUCGAAGGCGGGCAUGAACGUGGACGCGAUCUGCCACGCGGUAGGUCAUCACUACAGCACUCAGCAGGAUGUUAGCGGGGCGAUAGACGUGUUGCUGGAUCUGGGACUGAUCGAGAACACCAUCGACGAAGCUCACUAUGCCGUCAAGACCAUCCAAUACCCCAGGAGUCCGUAG